GAUAAAACCCGGCCCAGGCUCUGGGCUCAGCUCAGCUCCGUGCCCUCCUGCAGCCCAGCAGAGCCUCGGCAUCGUUCAGGGAAGCUUGGGCAACCCCUCUGCCGACACCAUGGUGCACUGGACAGCCGAGGAGAAGCAGCUCAUCACCGGCCUCUGGGGCAAGGUCAACGUGGAGGAGUGCGGCGCCGAGGCCCUGGCCAGGCUGCUGAUCGUCUACCCCUGGACCCAGAGGUUCUUCUCUGACUUCGGGAACCUGUCCAGCCCCACGGCCAUCAUCGGCAACCCCAAGGUGCGUGCCCACGGCAAGAAAGUGCUCACCUCCUUCGGGGAAGCCAUCAAGAACCUGGACAACCUCAAGGGCACCUACUCCAAGCUGUCCGAGCUGCACUGCGACAAGCUGCACGUGGACCCCGAGAACUUCAGGCUCCUGGGUGACAUCCUGGUCAUCGUCCUGGCCGCCCACUUCACCAAGGACUUCACCCCUGCCUGCCAAGCCACGUGGCAGAAGCUGGUCGGGCUGGUGGCCCACGCCCUGGCCCGCAAGUACCACUGAGGCCUCGGGAGGCACCUGUGUCUGUAAUGGGCAAUAAAAACCGCCUUUCCUGAA